GGAAGAGGGCUCAUUGCCCAAGACACAGAUUUAGACGCUCUCUCUCUCUCUCUCUUUCUCUCUCUCACAGACACCCAUAAAACAGAAAUUAAAAAAACAAAAAGGAAAAAAAGAAAUUUGAGUAUGGAAAACAAAAACCCAUGCUAAAUCCCAAGAAAAAAAAAAAAAAAGCAAAGUAUCUUUUUUUUUGACAGAAACAAUAAAACUUAAUGGAAAUUACUUGGUUCAUGGUUGGACUUCCUCCCUUGUAACUUUACCUUGGGGUGUCUCAAGUGUAAAUUUGCAUUACAUUUUCAUUUCAGAAGCUUUUUGGGAACAAAAUCUAUCUUUUUCUUUCUCUAUCUCUCCCUCUUGGUUCAAAAAUCUUAGGAACUCGAAAAAACCCAGUGAAAGUAAACCCCUUUCAGUUGCUGGUUUUGUUUUCAGCUCAAAAUAAGACAAGCCCAAUAUAUUUUUUAUUAUUAUUGCAAUGUAAACUAUGGUGUUCAUAUGUGAAAAUGAUUCAAGAUUGAAACCAAAUGUUAUAAACUGAUAUUUGUGUAUGGGAUUUCAAGGAAGCUAAACCAGCUUCCAAGUCUGUUUAUAGAAGCUUUUCUGGUCAAAAGAAGCUUUCUAAGCGGAAGUUAGUAUCGUCAAAAGUAACUUCAUCAAUUAAUUGUCAUUCUAUACCAAGCUGUGCCUCCAUAAACUAGAAGUUUAUUGCUCCCUGCCUAUUGUAUUCCUGGCACAGGAUGAUUGGACUUCCAGAUUUUCCCUCUUCUUGUUGAUCAUGAACCAAAACUACAUAAUUUGUACAUCAUAUGUUAAUUGGAAAUGGAUGUUAAGGAGGCAGAGCGGAUAGUUAUAGCUAAGCCAGUUGCUUCAAGGCCCACUUGUUCCAGCUUUAAGUCCUUCUCAGAGCUCCUUUCUGGUGCCAUUGAUGCAUCACCCUCUAACACAUCGUCUGAAACUGCAGUUCCUGCCAUUAGACCAAAGACAGUGAGGUUCAAGCCGACGGUUAAUCGUGCACCUACCGGAUUGUUUUCUUCCCAGGCGGAGAUAUCUGGUACUGCUGUUUGUAAUGCAUCUGAUAUGGCUCCUAAGUCGGAUGGUAAAUCAGCUGUCAUAUACAAACCAUUGGCGAAAGUUGUUUCAAAAGCAACUGUCUCUCUCUUGGCAAAUAUGGGAAACUUCAGUAACAGUCACCAACAAAAACAACCCUCUCUUGAUUCUCAACAUUCAAAACAAGAUAAAUACUGUUUGAGAUCAUCCAAACUUAGCUCAAAAUUACACCAGAACAUUUCAUCGCUAGCUGAGACCAAGCAGACAAUUGAACCCUCAAAAUUGGCCUCACAAAACCAGGAGGAAGAUCCGAAAUCUUUACCAUCCACGGCAAAUAGUGAUAGGCCUUCAUAUGACGGAUAUAACUGGAGAAAAUAUGGGCAGAAGCAAGUCAAAGGAAGUGAGUAUCCACGAAGCUAUUAUAAGUGCACUCAUCCAAAUUGUCCAGUGAAAAAGAAGGUUGAGAGAUCUUUGGAUGGGCAGAUCGCAGAAAUUGUCUAUAAGGGUGAACACAACCAUUUAAAACCUCAGCCUCCUAGGAGAAGCUCAUCAGGGAUGCAAGGGUUAGGAUUUGUGUCUGAUGCUGCAGCUAUUGAUACCAACAACCAAUUACCAAGUAGUCACCACGUUAAUGAAAGGAAUGAAGGUUCUGAAGGGAGACUAGAUAAUCAGAAUGAAGUUGGCUUAUCCAGGCAUUCCUAUCAAGGCGGCAAAACUUCACAGCUUUAUGAUUCUGCUGCUACUGGAGGAAUACUUUCUGCUGGAGGAACUCCCGAUAACUCUUGUGGUCUUAGUGGAGAAUGUGAGGAAGGAAGUAAGGGGCUCGAGGCAGAGGAUGAUGAACCAAGAAGUAAGAGAAGGAAAGGUGAGAAUCCAUCCAAUGAAGCAGGCACAUUAGGGGAGGGUGUUCAAGAACCUCGCCUUGUAGUGCAAAACAAUCCAGAUACUGAGAUUUUUUCUGAUGGAUUCCGCUGGAGAAAAUAUGGGCAGAAAGUUGUUAAGGGAAAUCCAUACCCCAGAAGUUACUAUAGAUGUACCAGUCUCAAAUGCAAUGUGAGGAAGCAUGUGGAAAGAGCAUCAGAUGAUCCAAGGGCUUUCAUAACAACAUAUGAAGGCAAGCAUAACCAUGAAAUGCCACUUAGGAAUUCAAAUCCAGUAUCAUCUGAGGCUGAGACACUGGCUCCUACUGGUAAAGACAAACCAUGAUCGACAUUUUCUGAAAGCAAAUCAUUUCAAAUCCAUUUCGAUCUGACCAUCAAUAUCCGAUGGAGUGAAAGGAGUAGCAGAUACCAAAUGAUUACACAGUGAUUUUAAAGCUCACCUCAAAUGGUCUGCUUCAUUUCUUUACCUUUUACCUGGGAAAUGGGUAUCAAUCUCAACUAUGAAUCCUACUUCAGGAAGACAGUUUAAUUGUUCAUUAAGCUUUUUUUUACCCCAUAUUGCUGCCCAUCUUUGUAGUGCAUUCAUUUUUGUAUUUAAUUGUUUUCAACCCUAUAAAUAAUAGGUAAUCUAAUCUUUCCAUGUAACCUAGGUGUCAUUUGGUUUUGGUUAUUUCAACCUAAUUGUGUAUGAUUUGGUUAUUUAAAAUGUUUGUUAGUGUUAGUGGUUGUUAGGAAUCUCAAAUAAGUAUGAGAAAGAGAAAAAAGAAAAGAAAAAAAACUUAAAAUACCAAAUUGAAAACCAUUUCAAAAUUGCGUUU